AUGACUGGACAAUGGACGGGAGUGCAGGAUUCCGCCUUACUAGUGAGUGAGAGCGCGGAAAUAACGAGUGAUUGUAAUGUCGACUAUCGGAUACCAGCUCUGGUGUUCCGAAAGCCUGGCGAUCUGCUUCUGCUUGCUGUUUGCAGUCCGUGGCUUAACGUGGCUUUGAAUAGGUCAACGGUCAGGAAGACACCAGACCACAUCGUCGGGCACGAACAUGGCAUGUGUUUCCGGCCGUUUGUCCUAGUUUCUCUGCUCAUCUUUUCAGAUACUUCUCAUGUGCUCUUUGAGGUACCUCCAUUCGUCGGUAAAAGUAGUGCGGCUUGA